AUGCAAAUCUUCGUGAAAACGUUGACGGGCAAAACAAUCACACUUGAAGUAGAACCGGCUGACACAAUCGAAAAUGUAAAAGCUAAAAUCCAAGACAAAGAGGGCAUCCCACCCGAUCAGCAACGAUUGAUUUUUGCAGGGAAACAACUGGAAGAUGGACGUACAUUGUCCGACUACAACAUUCAGAAAGAAUCGACACUCCAUCUGGUGUUACGUCUACGUGGUGGUAUGCAAAUCUUCGUGAAAACGUUGACAGGCAAAACAAUCACACUUGAAGUAGAACCGGCUGACACAAUCGAAAAUGUAAAAGCUAAAAUCCAAGACAAAGAGGGCAUCCCACCCGAUCAGCAACGAUUGAUUUUUGCAGGCAAACAAUUAGAAGAUGGUCGAACGUUGUCGGAUUACAAUAUACAAAAAGAGUCAACACUCCAUUUGGUGUUGCGGUUACGUGGUGGUCAGUAA